GUGCUUGUAUUUCAUUAGUUUCAGGGUUAAUUCAAACUACUGUAAGUGCGCAUGCGCGCUAACGUCUGCGUCCGUCACAACAUGGAUUUAGAGGAGGAUGCUGCAAACGUAAACAAUACCCCUGCAGAGGCUCCCUGCCAGCAGCAAGGACAAAAUGUGCAUUGUUCAGAGGCUGGCAGACCAAACACAGAUCAUGAUCAUGGAAGACCAUUUAGUAACACUCAGGAUUUAAGCGUGGAGCCACUGAUAGACAGAUCUGAGACUUUACAACUAGAAUUUCAGGAUAGCCAUAUGUCACCUGCACUUACCCUGCUUCCCUGCCUGGACAAAUCUCACCUUCUUUCUGACUCCACGUUUUUUCAGCAGACAGAUGCAGAAUUUGUCCCUCUCCGGGGAUUUCCUGAUCUCUCAGUUGUCUCUGAGAGAUGUCCCAGGAUUUCACAUGUAACUGAUGCUUCCCACCUCCAACAUACUAUUUAUGAGCAGGCUACGCUUUCCCAGCAUCCUUUGGAGGUACCAGCAGCCCUGUCAGAGGGUGAAAAAAGCUGCUGUUCACUGUCCCAGCACAGCUUGUCACCUGGAGACCAUUGCAAAGGACUUGAGGAUCAAGGGAGUGUUUCAUAUGGUGCUGCAGACCAAAUCAACAGACAUAUGGAAGGAGAAGAGCAGACAGCUGCUCAGCAGCUUAGUGAGCGAAUGUCUGCUCAGGGGCUGACAUUGGAAGAGGAUGUUAUUGUGGCUGUUAGCAGCAGUAGUGCCGUUCCCUCUGUCUCAAAUACCCAAAACACAGACAAAAGCCAGUUAGAUCCUUCCCUGAAUCUUCAAACAGGCCGAGAGCAGCCACAAGGAGGCUCACUGUCAUUAUCAUCUUCAUUUCAGAAGGCUGCAGGUUCAGUUAUUGGCCCAGAUGUGUCAAAUAUUACUUUUCGUGAGUCACAGAUGCAUGGCCAUUUUCAUGAUCAGCUUCUGUCUACAGGACAAAGAGGCUCAAUACCUGCACCAGCAAGUAAGAAUCAUAGUGGGAACAAAAGUGGACUGUGUGUCACACCAGCUGGUGAAGGUCUGAUGCAUGUACCAGGUCUGCAGAGAGCGCUCUGGAGCUCCGGUCAUCUAACAGCAACAGAUGGUUCAUUUUUGAGCUCGCAGCCUGUGUCUCAGUCCACACCUGCGGUACCUCUCAUGAGACCCCCACUAGCAUUGACCAAACUCUCACUCAUACACUCCAAACAAGAGGCUGUUGCCUUUGAGGCUGCGUCAGCCCAAAACAGUCUCUCCAAAACUGGCUUAAUACCAUCAUUGGACCUAAGCGGUCAACAUUCCUCUCCCAUCUGCUCUGAAACAACAGCUACAGCCUUUGGCGGACCUUCAGAGACUGCGCAAUUGAUGUCACAUGCCCAUCCUGUCUCAAACGAACAAGUCCCUCCUCCUGUUUUAAAUUCACCGGCCUCUGAUACACUUCACUCUGACACUCAGCCCUCUGGUACAGAGAUGAAAGAUCAGGUUCCUUGUUUGCCCCUUGGGAGAGUACAGUCUCUUCCCUGUCUGAGCUACUUACAAAAAGUAGAUGCCUGGAAAGCCAAUCAAAGUUCUAGCAGGUCGUUUUAUGAUAAUUUGGACCUACAGGGGUUUGAUGGUGUGUCGCCCAAGAAAAAAACACAGGGUGCAGUGUCUGAGGCACUUAAGCACAUGCUUUCUCGAGACAUGAGUCAGGCAUUUUGUGCUAAUGCCAGCUCGCAGGUGACUCAGCCACUGUCCUCCUCUCAUUCUGGAAGCGGCUCACCUCGUCGGGUGGAUGUAGUUGGGGCGGGUGCGUGUAGAGGACAAGCAUCUGAGUCACCUGUCAAUCGCUCACACUCUCACUCCUCCCUGAGCUCUGUGGUGACCUCUAUUCAGAGAGACACUGGCACACACAGUCAGCAAGUUCCAGCUGCACAAUCUGAUGUUAUCAUUCCAGCCACUAGAUCAUUGGACAGUCGGUCAUCCUUACUUUCAGGUGGAAGAGGUGAAGGAGGGAAUAGUUCAGCUGCUCACAUGAACAAAAGCUCCAUCAAGAUGUCUCCUCUCCUCAGUCUCGGUCGCUUCAGUGAUGUGUCAUCAAGCCUCAACAUGAGCAGCACCCUCUCCAGCUCUCAAGGCAGUUACCAUGGUGAGCAGAGUAUGAGGGUGUCAGUAGGUGCUGCCUCUUCUGUUGUGAGUCUUGAGGUAGAUAAUUAUGCACCCUACUGGACCUCCAGACCUGCGUCUCCUCCUCACACUAAGGAGCUCAACAUUGAAGACAGAAUCCCUUUGUACCUCUUAAAUUUGGGUAUUGACCAAUCACCUUCAACAAUCCUAAAUCCAUUUACUCGACGAGGACCAAUCAGAGAGCCUGAAUUCUCUCCUACUGACUUAUGUACCAUCAAAGGCUCCAUAGGAACACCAACUAAAAGCACGCAGCCAUCUGAAGUUGACAGUCUUCAGAAGGAGACAUUCUCCAGUUCCAGCCAGCUCUCAGCUGACUCCAGUGCUUCUGUCACACACCGCCAUUCAGCGCAUGAGCAAAGCCCGCCAACCAGUGACAGAAGUGUAAAGAUGAUAUUCACUGAGGUGGAUACUCAACCACUUCAUUCAACAUUACAUCCUUCAUCAAGUCUACAACAGUCUGAUGCUCCACAAAGUGAAGGAAGCUUUGGCCUCCCAGACCAGCUCAGCCCAGAAUCUGUGCCUCCUCCAGGUCACAGAGAAGUGGUAAAGGAGGAUGACGACUCUUUUGUGGGCUCUGGCACACUGCAUGAAAUCAGGCGUUUGCUGGGCCGUGCAGAAAGCCUGGUUUCUGGUCGAUCAUCUCUGACUUCUUCCCCUGGCUCACACCGCCUCUCAGGGAGUGACACGUCCCUUGUUUCACUAGGACGAAACACUCAAGGUUAUCAUGAUGACACAUCUCUGUCAGCUGGUGGGAACCUUUCUCUACUGUUAACUCGCUCUUCAUCAGAUUCGGCUUUAAAAGGAAGCUUGUCGUCCUCCCAGGGGCCACAACAGACAGGCCGCACAACUAUAGAGCCUGCUGCUCUCUCUUUGAGCAGAGAAGAAAGUUUGAAGUCACGUGACCUCUGUGUGACCCCAAGGCGGGCUGAGCCUGAGGGCUGUAGUGCUGCUGACCCAGACAAGGCAAAAGCACCUACAGCCACAUCUGUAAUGCAGAUAAAUGUCCCUUCGAUACCAGGGAACCUUCAACAGAACCAAGGCAAGACUGAGGAUGCUGCGAUUGGCUCCUCCGAGAAUAGUUUGUCUCAUGUCUCAGCUGAGGUUGAAAGUUUGAGUGACAGUAGCAGUGAGAGUUCAUUGGCUGCCAGAGUUGCCAAGCUCCUGCAGAGUGAGUCACCUGUUUCUAUGGUUACAAGCCGGCCAAGCACCGCUGACCCAGAAGAUAGCCGUGCCCGAGAAUGGAUCCUGAUGAAGGUUUCUGGCCGUCGUUGUGAAAGUUUAGAACUAAACGCAGAGGACAGGGAGAGAAUUGAAGACAUCAAAAGAGAGCUUCUACUAAACACCAAAAACACCAAGUGGAGCUCAGAUUCUGAGGGCAGUUCUCAGUCGAGUGCUGGUCUUGGAUCUCAGCUGGCGAAGGGCUUUGGUGGACUGCGUAACAUGGAGAAUCAUAUCUCAGAUCAGCUGCAGAAGGCUAGUAAAAUAAAUUUGGACACAGUUCCAAUUUACACACCUUUACAACAGGAUCCAGGGGCCAAAGUUCACCAGAUCGCCCUCAGAGAACGGCUCAGCCCUCAGCCUUUUACUUCUAUUACUAUAGCAACCAAUCGACGCACUCCAUCUCCACAGUCACUGCCAAACUGCCCUGUCACAGGUACUGCAGAAUUGGAUAAUGUUGGUUCCGAGCAUGAGAAGUUAGAGCGAGAGAUCCACCAUAGAGUGGGAACACAACUGAGACAUCAGCCUCUCAUUAUACCAAAUGUAUCGGACAGCGAAAAAGAGACAGAGAGAGAAGGACAACAUAGAGAAGAGAAGGAAAGAGAAGAAAUGACUGAUGACAACAAAGAGAAUGCAGUUACGAAUGAUUCCAAGAGUGUCCAAAGAAUGCCUCAAAUGGAUUAUCCUGUCACAGCCAGUAACCAGAUAUUAUCCAGUGCAGCGUCGGUCUCAACCUUUGGCUAUAAGUCACACCUCUCUCAUAUGCACGUCACCUUAUCACCCAAACCCAAACAUCCAUCCAGUCCUGUGAAAUACCACUCAAGCAGACCAUCCAGUCAAAACACCAGUAAAGAUGUCCCACUUCAAAAACAUUCACGUAUGGUGUCAAGUAUGACAGAUGAACAUCUGCAGUCCAUCCACCGAAUCUCAAGAUCAAAUCACGCCAGUUCUUAUGAACCCAGAGAGCCGGUUCAAGGCCUGAAUGCAGGAACAGUCAGUGUACACUUACAGGCCAGAUACCCACAAACCUUUGUUCCCUCUCAGAGGCUGGCUGGGACAUCCCGAACUCUUUCUGUCCAAGCGGCAACUGUCCCUGCACUAUUGCCAUACAAACCUCAUGGCAGCUCCGAGCUGUUCUAUAUCCAGCAGACAGAUCCAGAGCUUUCUCCUGGUCGCUCUGAUACAACUGUAGAAAGCUCUCACCCAGGUUCUGACGAUGCUCUCCCUCCACACUUUAAUAUAGACGUUUUAGGCUCUAGAGAGCUAGAAGACAACAUAAUUGCACCAAAACACAAGGAAGGCAUCUACAGUAAGAGGGCCAAUAUGAAGAGAGUUUCAAGUGUGUCUGGAAAUGGUCUUCCAGAAUCAGUAGCCACUUUUGCUGUCCAUAGUGACAGGACUGCUUCUGAAGUUUCUUAUGUCUCUAAGAAGAACAUAGAGACUGUUAGUAUAAAUGAGCAGUAUAAAGAUGAGGAAGAAAAUUUUGUCCCUCUUCACAUGGAGGCAGACUACAGUACAGAUGAUGUGCAUCUUCACAGCAGCUCCAUGCAGGAGCCUAAAUUGCCACUAGAACCACUCCAUUUACCUUCUCAGCCAAUCAGAAAGUCCUACAGGGGGAGCAAGAAAAGAACGGACCGAACACCUCAUGAUGUUAACAUGGAGAUCAGCAGUUCUCUGGACCAGCUGUGGCGUCGCUUCAGUGAAAAAUGGAGCAUGGAUGAAACACGACUCACCAAUGAAGGAGAGAUGUCUCUGCUAGAUAGAUUGGAGCGUCUGUCUCGUCUCAUUCACAAUACCACUCCAACAGACCAAAUUAUACUACAACCAGAUGGCAGGAAUGGAGACUAUGACAGGAGGAGUGAUCGAGAGGAUGGGACCACAGAGGGAGGAGAGCAAAGAGAAAGAGUCCAGUUAGAAGCGGCUCCACAGCAAGCAUGGCCUGAGCAUGAAGAGAGUCAAGAGAGAGUGCAUCGCUGUCCUGCCGAGAGAGAUGAGUCUGCAAGUGUGUCCAUGGAGACGAGCAGUAGCCUGUCCACCGUUGACACAGAGCGGCUGCUGCGAGCUUUUGGACCUCACCGAGUCUCCAGUAAAGGACUGAAAAGCAGUGACAGCUUGCUCAGACUUUACAACACCAUCAAUACGCAGAAGACGGACCGAAGGAAACCCAGUACUAAACAUGUUGCCGUCUCUGUUGCUACCAAUGAUGUGAGCACGGAUGACUCCACAGUCUCUGCUGACUCUUUGUCAUCUUCAAGCACUUUUUCCCAUCAUUCUCAAAGAGGUGUCUCCCACAGCCUCAAUUCCAAAAGGUCAAAGGUCAGACAGCUCAGCAAAGGUGUACAGGCAGGUGAUUUGGAAAUUGUGAUAAACGCCACACGCAGACACACUCGGGACGUAGGAACCAUCUUUCCCUCCCCAGGUGCUUUCAAAAAUGUUCAUUCAUCAAACACGUUUGGCAGAGGCAUUCAGAGUGGCGUUCCCAUCCCCACUGCUUCCACAGCUAAACCCACCCAAAGCCUGACCGCUCUGAAGAGAGACAACAAGAGUGUCCGGACCCAUUACCCAAAUGGUGUGUCAUGGUUUGUCUCAGCUGAUGAGCUGAAGUGUGACGGUCGCAAGGAAAACCUGCCACAGAGUGAAUCGGCACCUUACCUAAGCCAAGCCUGGUUUGAGCCUUACAGUAAAACCCGACCCUGGAGAGAACUGACCAGAGAACCUCUAAGAGAGAGACAGAACCAACAAGAGCAUGAGAGGCCAACAGAGUCUAGAACAGAUAGCGAGACAGAUAUCAGCGACAAACCCUCGACUCUUCUUCGCCUUUCACUACAGGAAGCUCUGGCGCUCCAUCGGCCGGAGUUUGUGUCUCGUUCACGGGAGCGAAUGAAGCGUCUGGGGUUGCUGGUUGAGGAGAGGAGGUUACAGGCAGUCUUCAGCAGAGAGAGAGAAGAGCUCUUCAACUGCCCUGGACCAUCACGUCCACUCAGACCAGCGCCAGUACCCCAUAAACGAGUCGUUCCAAGAAGAGAGAUGGUCCAACGAUCCAAAGAGAAAUACGCUCAACUUCCUGAGGUCCAGAAGAGAAAGGAGGAGGAAAGGAGACGGGCAGAGUACCGCUCCUUCCGCCUCAACGCUCAACUCUUUAACAAGAAAGUCACCAAUCGUGUGUUGGGAAAGAGAGCUCCCUGGCAGUGAGGUCAACUAAAAUAUACUCAAUUUCAAAAAGCCUUACUGUUCUGUGAAUGUGACAGGUUUUUUUUAUAUGGGUUGAUAUUUUAUAAUGGUUGUGUGCACUCUUAUUUUAGGUGUGAGAUUUUAUUUAAAAUAGUUGUGAAUGUGUAUUAUUUAUGGAGUUGCAGCUAUGGAUUGUUUUAUUAUGACUUUAUAUUACAAUUGCAAAAUUAAUUUUUAUUAUGUCUGUCUUUGCUAAGUUUAGUAAUAUUUUUUAUGAAGCAAAUAAACAGCUAUUUGUAAGAGCUUUUGUGUGUGCUUUUUAUGUGGCUAAUCAACAACAAAAAAAAGCUUGUUUUCAGUUUAUGAUUAGAGUUAUGCAUAUAACAUUCAAAGAGAGAAUGAGGCCACAAUAUAAUGGUCAUGUUCACUACAAAAAGAUAAAAAUAAUAGCUUUUUACUCUAAAAAGUAGUUCAUUACAAUAUGAAGUACAUGUACAGUAUAUUUUUGUACUGUAGCCAUCUGUACUAUGUUAUAUGGAGUGCUGCAUAAUUGAUAUCAGUGAAGAGCUUUUUUUCCCACAUUUCAGUUGUUCACACGUUUGAUACAACAUUUAAAAGUUUUUACAUUUUUAUUUUUGCAAAUAUUUAAUUAUUUUGAAACCUUAACAAUAAAGAUUAUUUAAGUUUUAUGGAAAAGAAAAUCCGUGUGGAAACAGUGUAUGUGACAGUCUCUAUGGCAACAGGUGUAAACAAACUAAUCCUGCGCGAACAGAUCGCAUUGAACACUAAAGCACAGAGAGAUGCCUAAUAAAAAAGGAAAGAAGGGAAAGAAAGGAAAAGGAAAAGGUAAAAAAGAUGGCAAGCAAGAGUCAAAACGGGAUAAGGAGUCUGAUAUAGAGAAGGCUAAAGCAAACAUGGCUCUGUGGGAGGCCAGGUGUGAUAUGACCGAGAGUUCUCGCGUGGAGUAUUCUGAAGCCGCGCGACGACUGAACAAAGCCAACCAGCAGCUCACUGAUCUACAGUACAACACAGAGAAGAACACCAUCGAGAUCAUCGCUGUUCUGAGGAAGAAAGACCUGCAGAAUGAAGAGAGGAUCACUGCACUGGAACAACAAAUACAGCUUGAGAAAACAAGAGCCUCUCAGGAAAAAGAGAAUUUGGUCACUGAAUACACUCUGAAGAUCAAUGAGCUGGAGGAGAAAUUUAAGAAGAGAUGUAGUGAAUUCAGCAUGAUUCAGGAGGAGCUAAAGAUCAUCAAUGACUUCCGUAGGAAGAAGCCCCAAAUGGAGCAAGAACUCAAAAAUAUGAAAGAAACAAUGGAAAACGCUGAUCUAGAACACAAGAAAACACUUGCAAGAAUGGAGCAAAAGUUCUUCAAUAAUAAGGUUCACCUAGAGAAGGAAGCUGAGCAAAAGAUUGCUGUUCUGGCAGAAAAAGCUCACAACGAAGCCAUCAUACAGCUGGAUGAUGCAUCGCGCUCGAUGUUCAAGGAGAAUGUGCGUUUAAAUAAGGCAUUGGGUUACCACAUCAAAGAGGUGGAGGAUCUGCGGAAGAGAAAUGCAGCGCUGGCAGAAGAGAACGACAUCCUAAGUCUGCAUAAGGAUAUGAGUCAGGACACCUCAAAUGACACCAUAUCUAAGCUUACAGCCCAGCGGACCACAAUUUCUGAGCUGAGAGCAAAGGUGUUGACACUGGAGCAGACCCUGGCCAGCAUGGUGGCUGAGUUUGAGAGGAGGAAGGCUGACAUCAAGCAGCGUGCUGCGGUCAGAACUCAGGCCGGUGGUGUAGAGCUGGACAAACUGCAGAAGCUCCUGAGCGUACGGGACAGGGAGUUGAGCCGAUUGAAGAGAGUAGCCCGCAGCGUCGUGGAGCAGUGCUCAGACACAGAGAUCCUCUUCCAUGAGGCUCUAAAUCAUGUGAAGCAGGAGAUGUUAAUGCACAGGAAGAAGAGGUGAAUCGUAGCAGGCGGAUGGAUGAGUUCUUAUCAGGGAAAAGGGAUCAUGUUCACACCAUCAACAAAACUCCCCACAGUACUAACAGCAUUUCCGUUGGUAUGGAAGAGGCUGAAAAGGGCAAUCUGAAGAAAGCCAAAAUUCACAUAUCAGAGAUGACCUGGGAGCAAAAAGAGAGAGUUCUCAGACUGCUCUUUGCCAAAAUGAAUGGCCUGAAAUCAAA